CGAUCUAAAUUGGAAACAAGAUGAUUCGGUUAUGAAGACUUCGUUUUGGCCCCCACAGCCACAGGACUAUAUACACAACUUCGGCAUACUCAGGACUACACAACUUCGGCCAUAUACAUCACACGUCAUGGUAAAAAUUUUAAGUAAUGGUGAUAUAGUACCAGAUGAUGAUCCAAGGGCACAACAGAGUUCAUCAAGAUCUAGCAGGCCUACUUCAGCAAGACCAAGACAGGGGUAUGUUCAGCAUGACAACAAUGCCUACCAACAAGGUCAAGCUGGAGGACAAAGUGUUUCUGUAUUUACUGUGGCCAAUCAAAAACUGUUGGGCCUUGGACUGCCUAGAUUUAAUGUUGGACCUUAUGUUGUGGAGCCCAUUGUAUUAGUUGCUUUUGUAUUAGCUGGAGUUUUAAUGGGCCUUCCUGGACUUAUAUUUGCAGCUUUGUUAUUUUUUGUAUCACAAUGGAGUGGUAUAGGUGGGGGAGAGGGAGGAGGAGGGGCAGGUCAGAGGAUGGGAGGGGGGAAUCAAGGAGGGAGUGGUCAUAGACUUGGAUGAUAAUGCUAGUUAUUUAUUAUAAUGUCAUAAUUUUUAAAGCAGAUAUAUUUAUUACAAAGAUCAUGAUAUUGUUAAUGAUUUGAUACUGUACUUGUAAAUACCUUGUUUGAAGUGUAUAGACAUAAAUAAUCAUAUUAAGUUUCACAGUAAGUCUUGAUGAUUACUGCCCAGGUAUUCAAACAUAAAGAUAUACAACAUUUUUGAUCCCACAGUGAUUUUUCUUACAAAUAUAUGCGUACAAAAUAUGUAAUUUAUUGAUUUUAAAUUUGCAUAUAUAACUUUAGACAGAAAUUAACUGUAUUGUUAUGUAUCUUAAUAGGAUAAAGAUAUACAUGCAAGCUUAGCUUACAAGGAAGUUAAUAAGUUCCAUUCAUUCUUCUUUGCACUCUAUAAACAAUUCAGAUAUCCUUUAGUUCUGUUGGAUAAAUACACACCUUCAAAAAUUUGAAGGCUGUAAUUUCAUUGGUUGAUAUAUAAUUACAAAAACAGAAAGAGAACAGGAGUGCAUGUUGUCAGAUCCUUGUAAUCAAAGCUUCGACACAGGACCUGUACUUAAAUCAGAUAGCUGUAUACAGUGUACAUGUAUAUCUAUUUUAUAAAACACAAAUAUCAGUGAUUUGUUUAUAAAAGUUGGUACAAAUAAUCUUCAUACAUAAUUAUUCCAAAAGUCAUUGUAGAAAAGAUUUUCAAGCUUUUGAUUUUAAAAAAACAUUUGAAAAUGCUCCUUAAUCCAAUUGAUAUCUGACAUUAUCGCUAUUUUUUUUUUUUAUCUUUUUUUUUUAUAAUUUUCAUAUCAUGCUUCUCGCUUGAUAUGGAAAAAUUAUCGCUAGAAAACUAAGGAGGCCAUGUGGCGUUGAUAACGAAAUUGACAUUGAAAUUGACAACGUCGUCAUAGGUAAAAUAGCGAUAAACAGAUUAUCAUUGGUCAUCUCAACUCGAUUGCUUUUCUCACUUUGGCUGUACCAGCUCAAGCAAGAAAAUCAAUCUCGUUG